UGUCCCGGUACACUGUUGAGAAGAAGACCUAAAGGACACCCCUGUUGAGCAAAGGCAGUGGUACGGUCCAGCUUCACGUCAAUGCUCGUGGACUACCUGGACAUUUCUGGAGCGACCUCACUAGUGACAGAAUAGGGGUGCCAUGGGAUCAGGGUUAGACAGGGAUUAUCCUCGUGGAGGCCUAUAAAGCUUCAGUGUAAUCCGGACACUGCAGACACAUUUAGAGCAACAACUAAUGUACAAGCAACCUUUUAUGGCCGCAGCUCGCAGUGCUUUGGACCACUCAAAAACAAGACAGGAAAACAAGACAGGAUUUGAAAGACAGGAAAACUAUUUUACUCGUCAACAGCAAAUUAAAAGGUCUAAAAGGGAAAGAAAUCAUGAAGAAGGUAAAGGUGUGUGAUGAUAAAGAGCCUCCGAGCUAUCAGGAGGCGACCGCAGGCUACGAGGAGAUGGAGGCCCAGUUUGUGUUUGACGACAAGAACAUCAGGCGGACCUUCAUCCGGAAGGUCUACUCCAUCCUCAUGGUUCAGCUGUUAGUGACAGUGGCCAUUGUUGCUCUCUUCACAUUUUGUGCACCCGUGAGGUUUUUUAUCCAGACCCACCCAGGCUUGUACAUGGCGUCUUAUCUGGUUUUCUUCGCCACCUACAUCGCACUGUCCUGCUGUGGAGAGCUGAGGAGGCAGUUUCCUUGGAAUAUCAUUUUGUUGGUUCUCUUUACUUUGAGCAUGGCCUCCAUGAUGGGAUUCGUGUCGAGCUUUUACAACACCAAAUCCGUGGUUCUGUGUCUGGGAAUCACAGCCGUGGUGUGUCUUUCUGUCACCAUCUUCAGCUUCCAGAGCAAAAUCGACGUCACUUCCUGUCAAGGCGUCCUGUUUUCUCUGUGCGUGGUCAUGCUUCUCUGUUCCAUCACCUUCUCCAUUGUCGUCCCCUUUGGAUAUGUUCCUUGGUUACAUGCCACUUAUGCUGUGCUAGGGGCCAUCAUGUUUACUCUGUUCCUAGCAUUCGACACCCAGCUGUUGUUGGGGAACAAGCGCUACUCUCUGAGUCCAGAGGAAUAUGUUUUUGCCACCCUCAGCCUCUACCUGGACAUCAUCUACCUGUUCAGCUUCCUGCUACAGAUCGUGGGAGGAGGGCGCGAGUGAAGCAAGAAUCCAUAGAUGAAACGUGUGUGAAAUCGUGUCCAUGCAUCCUGCUGCUUCUGUCUCUUUGUCCCGACGUGCACCUGCCCGAUACCUCACUUUAGUCCCUGUGCUCCGGCUGCUCAUGUGGUGUUUUAUUGCUCUGGGGUCUACUGUGACCACACCAUCCACCAUGAAACAGUCAUACGUAGACAGCACAUCAAAAAUGUUAUGAUCAGUUUGUACGUUUAUUCAUAAUUCAAAUAACAAAAGAAGCUGCACUUUUAAGUUGAGUUUGUUCAAUUAAGCGUUUUACAAGCUAUAUAGAGUAGUUUUUUACUCGCUUUUAAUGCACAUUAUUGUAGAUGACACGUUUGAAAAUGUACUGUGGGUGUCUAUUAUAUUUGAAGUCCUUUUUGCUAGCUUGGGGGAAACAUUGAGUGAAACCUUUAAGAUUUCAACUUAGACUUUCAAGAUGCAACACCAGCCACAAAGGGAGUGUGUGUGUGUGUGUGUAGAAUCAUAUUAUUAUUAUUAUAUCAAUUGCAAUUUCCAUUGUAACUUUAAUGUGGCCUUUGGGAUAUGAUAGAAAAUAAUUAUAUAUAGGGACCAGAAUACUUUGCAUGGUAAUAUGUUUUUCUAAGAACAACUAGCUCUUACCGCUGGAUUCUGCAAUUAAUAAAAUAUGUGACACCUGAAGAUAAAUAAAUGUGUGAGAUGAUGAAAGGUGGUGAAUAUGAUGAAAGGAUUUACAGAUCGUAAUUUUCUGUGGGUCAGGUAAGCAAUGUCAUAAAGAAAAACCUACUCUAUG